AUUGGUUUUCAAUUUUUGGCAAACAUUUCAAUGUUUUGUUUACAAGUGAUUGACAAUCAAUUAGUUUAACAUUUGAUGAUAUGAUCACAUCAUCGAUGGUAACACUUUUAUAAAGAUUUUAUAGUUAUUUGUAAAAUUGUAGACAAAUGGACAAUAAGAAGAUGGAGUCAAUAAGUCCGGCGACUAAACAGUUGACUAAUAAUUACAAGAAGUUGACAGAAAUCCCGAGAUUUUAUCAAAAAAUCCCAUUAAAUGAUGAUUCAUUGGCCAGUCGUGUCCGUGAAGAAGCCAGAGCAUUGUUUUUGCAAAAUAUGAGCAAAAAAGUGAUAGAAAAUGAAGAAUUACAGCAAUUAUGGGUUUUGUUGGAGAAGUCGUGUUCGCAGACAUCCGAGUCAUAUGAUAAGCAAAGAAUCGAUUAUUUAGAGUUCAAACGGAUCCUCACAUUACUUGAUCCCAAUUCAAAGGCAAGAGAGUACUUUACGGCCAAAAUAUUCGUCAAACUCCAGGACAAYCACCCGAACGGAAAGAUUUCGAUUUUAAAUUUUUUCAAUUAUAUUAUGAGAAAAGUUUGGUUAAGACAGACACGAAUUGCACUCUCAUUGUAUGACAUCACUGGUCAGGGAUUUCUUAAAGAAACUGAUUUGGAAAAUUAUAUCCAAGAAUUGAUUCCAACACUAUCUCAAUUGGAUUCAUUGGACAAAGAAUUUCAUAAAUUCUACAUUUGUAUAGCUGUUCGCAAAUUCUUCUUUUUCUUAGAUCCUCAUAAACACAAUAAAAUCAAAAUAGUAGACAUUCUUUGUUCCGGUUUUCUCGACGAUCUUCUCGAACUUCGCGAUGAAGAUCUCAAUAAAACACGUGAAGAAGCCAAUUGGUUCUCAGCGACAAACACUCUUCGUCUUUACAGUUCGUAUUUGAGAUUAGAUGACGACCACAACGGUAUGCUAUCCAAAGCAGAAAUGAUAAAAUAUGGAAAUCUUACAAAUCUAUUCAUUGAACGAUUAUUUGAUGUCUGUAUUACUUAUGAAAAAGAAAUUGAUUUCAAGACUUAUAUUGAUAUAGUGUUGGCACUCGAGAACCGAAAGGAACCGCAAUCCAUAUAUUUUUUGUUUCAAAUUCUCGAUAUUAAAAAUCAACGAUUUAUGGAUGCAUUUUGUAUAAACUAUUUCUUUAAAGCAAUUCAAGAACAAAUGAGACUUCAAGGACAGGAACCGUUGAGUGUCGACGAUGUGUGCGAUGAAAUCUUCGAUAUGGUUGCACCACUCGAAGCAACAAAAAUCACAUUUGAAGAUCUCAUUACAUGUGGACAGGCAGACACUGUCAUUAAUAUAUUAAUCGAUAUAAACGGCUUCUGGGCGUAUGAGAACCGGGAGCAACAAAUUGUUGAUACUCAGGAUGAAUCGGCACAGGUUUAA